AUGCUGGUGACUAUUUCUUCAGCUUUAUUACCGUCGUGGACUCAUAGACAGCAUCAUCAUCAUCUCCAGUUUCCGACGCCGGACAACGAACGCCGAAACAGUGACAAUGCACCCGAUGGGUUGUCAUCCUCCUUGUCCACUCUAACAGCUGACGACACUACGAGCGAUACGCAUUCAAUCAAUCGUCUCACAUCCGAAGAAGAAGCGCCACAGAUUCGUAUGGUUCCGUGCAUCGACCUUACACGCGAGGCCGGCAUGCGAAUCGAUGUGAUUGAACGCGACCUCAGACCAGGAACAGUACUAGAGCUGGGUCGUUUCACAGACGAGUUUUUCAUCCCGAAUCGAAUUUCCUUCCGUAACAAGGUGAUAAGUCGACGCCAUGCAGUCAUUUGGACUGUUGGCCAUAAGUUCUAUAUCCGCGAUACCAGAUCCUCAUCCGGGACGUUCUUGAACAAUGUGCGGCUAUGUGCAGCAAACAAGGAAUCAAAGACGUUUCCGUUAAAAGAUGGUGAUAUCCUGCAGCUGGGUGUGGAUUUUCGGGGAGGAGCCCAAGAUAUCUAUCGAAGCAUCAAGUUUCGAUUGGAAAUCAAUCGGAAACGGAUACAUCAAGUGGAUGUCUUUGGAUUCCAAGCAUACCAAUCUUUGCGUAAACUCACAUCAACACCCACGACGACCGAAAAGGACGAGGAAGAAAGCAUGGAACAGGAUCAAGACGCUUGCUCGGAACCAGAUUGUGCUGUCAAAGACUGCUGCAUCUGUCUUUACGCCGUGGCGCCCUUUCAGGCCUUGUUUGUGGCACCAUGUCAGCAUACCUUCCAUUACAAGUGCAUCCGACCCUUACUGUCGCAUUAUCCCGGCUUUCAAUGCCCACUAUGUCGCAGUUAUGCCGAUCUGGAAAGAAGCGUUGCAGUGGAAACAGGCGAGGUUCGCGAAAUCCUCAAGAAGAUUAAAAGCAACGAUACGUGCCUCAAUGAGGUCAAUUCAUCUUCAUCAAGAAUAUGUACCUAG